AGCUCUCCUGACUCAGAGCCACCCCGUUAUGCGAAACCAAGUAAGGUAACCCCCUCUUUGGAGACAAGAUGCCUCUGGCUGUCAGCGAUGGGCUGGGAGCGAGGCCCAGAAGGCGGGGUUAGCCCCGAGGGGUCGGGGCCAUAAAUAAGAGGGUCGCGUGUCAGGGAGAUAAACAUGAGGGGGUGCAGGGCCUGAAGAGAGUCGCCAGGGGCUGUCCGGAGCCGAGGCAGAGGGAGGCGGAGCGCUAGUGCCAAGGCCCGCGCCAGCGUCGGAGCGGCAUCGGCAUCGGCAUCGGCAGCACCAGCGCCAGCGCCCUCACCAGCCGAGCCCCGGUCCAGCCUCAGCCCGAGAGGAGUCCCGUCCCGUCGGUGCCCUCCCCGCGAGGGCAGCGGGACCAGGAGGGGCUCUCGCCUCUGCCCCGCGCGGCGCGGCGCGGCCCGGGGUGCACUCCGGGCAGGGGGGCGCUGCCAGCAUGCCUGGCGCCCUCCGUGCCUGGUGGCUGUCCGGGCUGCUGCUGGGGCUCAGCCUACAGCUCCGGACCCGGGUGGAGGCGUGCAGCUGCGCCCCCGCGCACCCCCAGCAGCUGCUCUGUGCCUCGGCCAUAGUGAUCCGGGCCAAAGUAUCCAGUGAAAAAGUGGUCCCAGCCAGUGAGGACCCAGCUGAUAUUCAGAAAAUGAUCCGCUAUGAAAUCAAACAGAUAAAGAUGUUUAAAGGCUUCGAUAAGGUGAAGGACGUUCAGUAUGUCUACACACCCUUAGACUCCUCUCUGUGUGGGGUCAGGCUAGAAGCCAAUAAGAAGAAGCAGUAUCUCCUCACUGGCCAGAUUCUAGAUAAUGGCAAAGUAUUCAUCAACAUGUGUAAUUACAUAGAGCCCUGGGACGACCUGUCCUUCUUGCAGAAGAAAAGCCUGAAUCACCGCUAUCACAUUGACUGUGGCUGCAAGAUCAUCACCUGCUACACAGUGCCGUGCUCCAUCUCGGCCCCCAAUGAGUGUCUCUGGACAGACUGGCUGAUUGAGCGGAAGCUCUAUGGGCACCAGGCCCAGCAUUAUGCUUGUGUUAAGCGCAGUGAUGGCACCUGUGGCUGGUACCGGGCUGGCCUCCCCCCUGAGAAGGAAUUCAUUGACGUCAGUGAGCCCUAGAGAGAAGCAUCACCACACACCCUUCUAGCCCCCGAGAGGCCUGGAGGCCAGUUACAUCCAUCCAUCCAUCCAUCCAUCCAUCCAUCCAUCCAUCCAUCCAUCCAUCCAUCCAUCCAUCCAUCCAUCCAUCCAUCCAUCCAUAUGUCCAUCUGUCCAUCCCUACACAGCUUCCCACUGCUUAAUGUAGCCACCGCUUAGGAACGCUGCCAACCUCAUGGAAGGUACCAGUGUAUGUGGAACCACGCAGCGGCCGGGUAAGAAGAGGGCUCAGGCUCCUGGAGGUGGCUGCUCUGAGAAGGCCAGUCAGGCUUGGGGUGCUGGGAGAAGCAGGACCAUCCAUCGGCCUGGUCCCUCUGCUUUAGUUUGCUCCUCUUACUGAGUAGGUUCUGAAAAAAGAACUCAGGAGUCAUCUUGAACCAAUCCUUCUGAUCAGGCUGGGGCUUGUUUCCAUCCCUCUCCAAAAACAAAAUGUUGAAACAGGAAUGAGAGUGCUUUCCAUGUCUGGAGCUGACAUGAUGCAGGCUAAAUAUCGUACAGUGUGUGCACAAAUUAUCAAUAGCCCCGUGUUGUACAAAAGUAACUACUGUGGUCAAAGCGAGUGAAAUGGGCUGAUUUGGGGGAAUCAUUAAAAAGCAUCUUGUACCCUU